AUGGAGUCGUUUGGGGCUCGGUAUCCGCGUGUCUUUUCCGAUAGCGGAUUCAAGGGCUGGUUUGUGUCGACGCUGUUGCUGGCGGCUUGGUUGGGGUCUUUGAUUAAUGGGCCGAUUGCUGAUCGGAUUGGAAGGAAGUUGUCUAUUAAUCUUGCCGUGGUGGUGUUCACCAUUGGGUCGAUGGUGCAGUGUGCGGCGAUGAAUAUCCCGAUGUUGUUCGCUGGGAGGGCAAUUGCUGGCUUGGCCGUUGGUCAAUUGACAAUGGUGGUGCCGUUGUACAUCUCUGAGGUGUCGAUUCCUGAUAUUCGUGGUGGAUUGGUGGUUGUUCAGCAAUUGUCUGUUACGCUGGGAAUCCUGUUCAGCUAUUGGAUCGACUAUGGAACGAACUAUAUCGGCGGGACUCGGUGUGCGCCAGAUGUGCCCUAUUCAGGCGGCACCCUGGCAAAGCCGGUCUUUGAUCCGUAUCAUGAUGUUCCUGUCGGUGGUUGUACGGGUCAAUCAGAGGCUUCGUGGAGAUUUCCCCUCGCGUUGCAAAUCCUUCCGGCGGUGAUUCUGGGUGUGGGAAUGUUAUUCUUCCCGGAAUCGCCUCGCUGGCUGUUAAUGAAGGAACGUGACGAUGAAUCAAUCACUGCGCUUUCGAAGUUGCGCCGACAGGCUCGCGAUAGCCCGGUGCUUUUGAAUGAGUAUCUGGAGAUCAAAGCCUCGAUUAUGCUAGAGAACACUUUUGCAAGAGAGAAUUUCCCCAAUCUUUCUGGAUACAGGUUGCAUAUGGCUCAGUACAUGUCCUUCUUGACGACUUGGGCCCGCUUCAAACGACUUGCCAUCGGCUGCAUUGUAAUGUUCUUCCAGCAGUUCAUGGGCUGCAAUGCAAUGAUUUAUUACGCGCCGACAAUCUUCGCUCAGCUCGGUCUGGACGGAAACACCACUUCGCUUCUCGCAACCGGUGUGUAUGGUAUCGUCAAUUGUCUAAGUACACUCCCAGCACUAUUCUUCAUCGACAAAGUCGGUCGUCGGCCCUUGCUCAUGGCCGGUGCCACGGGAACCUGUAUCUCCCUGGUCAUUGUGGGUGGCAUCUUGGGCGGAUAUGGCUCUGCUCUGGUAGACAACAAGUCUGCCGGGUGGGUUGGUAUCGCUUUUAUCUACAUUUACGACAUCAAUUUCUCGUACUCGUUUGCCCCUAUCGGUUGGGUUCUGCCAUCUGAGAUAUUCAAUCUGUCGAUUAGAUCCAAGGCCAUUUCAAUCACCACAUCCGCAACGUGGAUGUGUAACUUCAUCAUCGGCCUCGUCACGCCCGACAUGCUCGAGUCCAUCACUUGGGGCACAUACAUCUUCUUCGCCGCAUUUUGUCUCCUUGCACUGGCUUUCACGAUCUUCUGUGUCCCCGAAACCCGAGGCAAGACGCUUGAGGACAUGGAUCUCAUCUUCGGUGAUACAGCCGCGCACGAAGAGAAGAAACGAAUCAAGAACAUUGAAGCCGAGCUGCGCGGCACUCCGAUCGAAGACGACGAAUUCAUGAAACCAGUUGACGAACAUGCUGAGACCGUGGCUUGA